CAAAUGCCUUAGAGCAGGCAAAGGUCAUUCUGGUAUCCAGCAUGUUUCACAGUGUCCAUAGUAACCACAGGACAAACAAACGUGACUGACAUCAAACAUGAGUGAUCCUAUGGAAGAUCAUUUAUUCAAAGAGGUCAAGAGAAAUUUGGAAGUCGAUGGACGUUUACAAAAAUUUACGGCGGAACUUCGUUCGACCCUCAUCUCGAUUCUUAACGGCCGCCCCCCUCGAGAUCAAAAUUAUAACGAGAUUCCCAAGGAAACUAGACUAAUCAACGAUUUAAUACGCGAGUACCUUAUCUGGAACGGCUACAUUUACACAGAAGAGUUUUUAGUCGCUGAAUCUGGUGCGGAGAAAGAAAAACCAUCUAGAGAGGAUCUUACCGAAAAAUUGGGAAUAGCUGACGAUUAUUCCACAACAAAGAUACCGCUGUUGUAUUAUAUUGUAUGUGCAUUUGAAAUGCAAGAGCAAAGUACCUAACCAAUGUGACAAACGAGAUAUAUACAAUUGUAUUUUAAAUAAAUAUUAACUGUUAUUACAA